AUGGUUAAGCAGGACCCCCUCAAGAAAGCGCGUCAAGCGCAACGUCAAGGCUGCACGCUGAAAGAUUCGCUAGUUAGUUCCCAAAUGCGGCGUCGCUACGCCUCUGCAGUCGCGGUUCUGCUGGAGUUUUGGAAGUUGCAUCAAUGUGGGCCACGCGUCUUGGAGCAAGUGGAUGCAGCAGUGGCAAUGUUUCUAGAGCACGUCUUUUCCGAAGGCGAACAUAAAUCGCUCAGCAAUGACACGUUGGCCGGAUUGCAGUUUUUCAUGCCGUCAAUCAGAAAGCGACUGCACUACUCAUGGAAGCUGUGCAAAGUUUGGCAUCGCAUUGAGCCGCCUCAGCGAGCAGUCCCCAUUAAUCCGCACUUGCUGGCAGGUUUCGCGGGAUUAGCGUGGGCUGGUGGCUAUAGGGCAAUAGCUGCUGCUUUGUUGGUGGGUUUUGAUGCCAUGUUGCGCACCGGCGAACUGUUGCAGGUCAGGAUGCAGCACAUUUCUUUCAUCAAAGGUCGGGCUGUCCUUUGUUUGCCUUCCACAAAAACGUCUAAGCGCUCGGGCAACCAGGAGAUGGUUGUUGUGGAGAGCGUUUUGGCUAAUGCAGCGCUGCGGUGCGUUGUUUGUGAAUCCUCCGGCCUGCUCUUGCCUGACGGAGCAGCUCACUUCCGAAAAGUCUUUCAUGCUUUGUGUCGUGCUUUUGAUCUUGAUUUUCACGUCACGCCGUACUCCUUGCGUAGGGGCGGUGCCACGUAUGCCUUCCUGCUGCAUGGUAGCAUGGAAAAGUGUUUGUUGCGUGGCCGUUGGGCCAGCUCUUCUUCAGCCAGAAUCUAUCUGGCCGAUGCGAUUGCCACAGUUCGUUUCCUGCAGCUGUCACCCAAGCAGCUGGGUUUGGCCGCUGCUGCAGCAGAGGCCCUUAAGCUGAAUCUCGGCCUCUAG